AUGGGAGAUUUGGAACAGGGUAUGGAAAACCACCAAAAAAUUAUUGAAUGCAACCUUUUGUCAGAUGAUGUUGUUUUGACUGGCCUGAUAGAUAUGUAUGCGAAAUGUCGAAGCAUGCAGAGGGCACUUAGUUUGUUUGAGAAAAUGUCUAAACCAGAUGCUGCCUCAUGGACCGCAAUCAUUACUGGAUAUAUGCAAAAUGGAUUUGUUGAUAAAGCCCUAGAGUUUUAUAAGCAAAUGCAAUUGGCAGGUGUAGAGCCGGACUCGUCAACAUUUGCAAGCAAACUCCCAGCUUAUGCGAGCACGGGAGAUUUGGAACAGGACAUGGUAGUGACUGCACUGAUCGACAUGUAUGCAAAAUGUGGGAGUAUACAGAAAGCUAAUGAAUUGCUUGACAAGCUGCCUAAAUGGGAUUUGAUCACCUCAAAUGCAAUGAUUGUAGGAUAUGUACAAAAUGGGCUUCUUGAUCAAGGCUUUGAGCUUUUUAAGAAAAUGCAAUUAGUGGGUGUAAAGCCAGACCGUUUGCCAGCAUCCUCCCAACUUGUGCCAAACUUGGAGCUCUUGAGAAAGAAUGGAUACAAAAUGUUUGACAAUAUGCCUCAACGUGAUGUGGCCUCGUGGAAUGAUAUACACAGAAUGGACUUGCUGAUAAAACCUUGA